GAAUAUUCUCCACUCUUUCAAUCAGCGUACGCGGGUCGCAUCAUCUUUGCUUAUUUAUUAAGCCGGAUAUCUUCCAUUUCUCUCGACUCUUCUCUGCGUCUCUCCCCUUCUAUCCGAGCUCUCUUCCUGUUCCAAUGUCGAUCGUCCGGUGGCGGCCGGUCCUCCACCAGCCGCCCAGAGAAAACCCUAGAUUUCCUCCCCAUGAGCUGAGGAGAUCGAAGGUCCUUUGCCCGAUCCACUACCGCAAACCCUUCUUCCCGGCUUCGAGAGGACUCUCCAACAGCUAUGCUCGAAAGGCUCUUCGGAUCGUUAGGGCGGGGUUGGCCCCGACACCGUCUCUCGCCGACGCCGCGGAGACCGAUGUGUUGUUCUCGGAGACGUUCCCCUUGAAGCGGACCCAAACGGUCGAGGGGAAGAUAUCGGUGAGAUUGGAUCCGGCUGAGGGGGAGGGAUCGAGAUGGCGGCUGGCGGUGGGGUGUAAUCUGGAAGGGAAGUGGGUUUUGCACUGGGGAGUCACCUAUUGCGAUGAUCUAGGAAGUGAAUGGGAUCAACCUCCUCCUGAGAUGAGACCUCCUGGCUCGAUUCCCAUCAAGGAUUAUGCAAUAGAAACACCCUUGAAGAAUUCUUCAUCCGCUUUGAAGGGGCAGAUACUUCAUGAAGUGCAUAUUGAUUUUGAUAGUAAUAGUCCAAUUGCAGCUAUUCAUUUUGUUUUGAAGGAAGAGGAAACUGGAGCAUGGUUUCAGCACAAGGGUAGGGACUUCAAAAUUUCCUUGAAGGAUUUUAUUGAAGAGGAAAACACUUCCAGUGGAAAGCAAGGAUUCGACAUAUGGAUAGGUGCUUUUGACCAGAUAUCUAGUUUGCUGGUGAAUGCUGAGGGAUCUAGUUCUAAACCCCAGGAGGCUGUUGGUGAAGCUAAAGUUACCAAGCGGCAGAAUAAGCGCAUUCAAGGAUUUUAUGAAGAGUAUUCUUUGUUGAAAGAAGAGUUUGUUCAGAAUUUUAUGACAGUUACUGUGAGGAAAAGUGAUGAGUCAGACAAGAAUAUAGUGCAAUUUGACACUGAUAUGCCUGGUGAUGUUGUUGUUCACUGGGGAGUCUGUAGGGAUAAUGGCAAAAAUUGGGAAAUCCCACCUGCUCCUCAUCCUCCAGCAACCAAAAUUUUUCGGCGUAAGGCUCUUCAAACUUUGUUACAGCCAAAAAGAAAUGGCCUUGGUAAUUGGGGAUUAUUCUUGCUGGAUAAAGGAAUAUCAGGUGUUCUUUUUGUGCUCAAGCUUAACGAAUACAUAUGGUUGAAUAAUAUGGGAACUGAUUUCUACAUCCCUCUCACAAGUGCGAGUAGUUCAUCCAUUCAAACCUGCCAGGAUAGUAUUGCAAACGAACAGCUAACAUGGACAGAGCCUCAAGACAUGAGACAUUCCUCAAAUAAUGAUGAGACAAAUCAAGCAGUUGAUCAUGCUGCAGAUACUGAUGAAAUAAUUUAUGAAAUAAGGAAUUUAGUAACUGAUAUAUCAUCUGGAAAAGGUAGAAGCACAAAAAGUAAAGAAGCACAGGAAAACAUCCUACAAGAAAUUGAAAAAUUGGCUGCAGAAGCUUAUAGCAUCUUCAGAAGCUCCAUUCCAAAUUUUGUGGAGGAAUAUGUCUCUGAUGCUCAAUAUUUAAAGCCUGCUGUAAAAUUAUGUCCGGGGACAGGCUCUGGAUUUGAAAUACUAUGCCAAGGAUUUAAUUGGGAAUCUCACAAAUCAGGAAGAUGGUAUUCUGAGCUCAGUGCAAAGGCCAAGGAAUUAUCUUCACUGGGUUUUACAAUUAUAUGGUUGCCACCACCUACUGAAUCUGUAUCACCUGAGGGCUACAUGCCAAAGGAUUUAUAUAAUCUGAAUUCCAGAUAUGGAAGCAAGGAACAACUGAAGGACCUUGUGAAAAGGUUUCAUGAAGUAAACAUUAAAGUUCUUGGCGAUGCUGUCUUAAAUCAUCGAUGCGCUCACUAUCAGAAUCAGAAUGGCAUCUGGAAUAUUUUUGGUGGUCAUUUGAAUUGGGAUGACCGAGCUAUUGUUGCUGAUGAUCCACAUUUCCAGGGUAGAGGCAACAAGAGUAGUGGAGAUAAUUUCCAUGCAGCGCCAAACAUUGACCAUUCUCAGGAAUUUGUGAGGAAUGAUCUCAAAGAAUGGCUUUGCUGGUUGAGAAAAGAAGUUGGAUAUGAUGGGUGGAGAUUAGAUUUUGUCCGAGGGUUUUGGGGUGGUUAUGUAAAAGACUACUUGGAAGCAAGUGAACCAUAUUUUGCAGUGGGCGAGUAUUGGGACUCUCUCAGUUAUACAUAUGGUGAAAUGGACCAUAAUCAAGACGCUCACAGGCAGAGAAUCAUUGAUUGGAUAAAUGCUACAAAUGGAACUGCUGGUGCCUUUGAUGUCACUACUAAAGGAAUCCUUCACACUGCCUUGGGAAAAUGUGAGUAUUGGCGAUUGUCUGACCAAAAGGGGAAGCCACCUGGGGUUGUAGGUUGGUGGCCAUCUCGUGCUGUUACAUUUAUAGAAAAUCAUGAUACUGGCUCUACUCAGGGUCAUUGGAGAUUCCCAUCCGGUAAGGAGAUGCAAGGAUAUGCCUACAUCCUGACACAUCCUGGCACACCUGCAGUCUUUUAUGACCACAUCUUCUCUCACCAUCAGCAGGAAAUUUCUAGAUUAAUCUCACUAAGACGUCAAAAGAAGAUUCACUGCAGAAGUACGGUAAAGAUAACCAAGGCAGAGAGGGAUCUGUACGCAGCUGAGAUUGAUGAGAAGGUUGCAGUCAAAAUUGGGCCAGGACAUUAUGAACCAUCAAGCACUCCCAAGAAAUGGGUUGUGGCUGCUGAAGGAAGAGAUUACAAGGUGUGGGAGGCAUCUUGAACUGUAUGUACUAUGUAGCAUCAACUCUUACCAAAUUAUUAAUUCAAUGUAAUUGAUUUGUAAAGUUUAUAUCAACUAUUGUAUAAGAAAAAUAAUAUUUAUUAUUUAACAUAAAGAGGGGUUCCCAGCUGGAGUCCCAGAUAGAGCUGAUAUAUCAAUAAGGCCUGGAACAUGUGUAUCACUAUAUUAAUAAUUACAUUUGUAUUACAGGCCAUUUUUUCUU